AUGGGAUUAUUCGAAAAAAUUGAAGUGGAUAAUGAUAAACUUAAAUCAAUUGCACUUAAAUAUUGGGGUGUUGAAUUAGGUAAAUGUUUAAAAUCAUCACAAAAUCAUACAUUUUUAGUUAGUAAAAUCAAUGAAAUUACCAAAGAGUCUGAGAAUUUUAUUCUUCGUGUUACACCAGAUCCAAAGAAGGAAAGAAUUGAAUCAACCAAAUUGGAAGUUAAAUUAUUGAAUUAUUUAAAUGAUAAUAAAUUACCAGUAUGUCCAACCAUAGCAAACCUUGUUGAUGGUGAAGGUAUGGUAGUGAUUGAUGAUUUAAUCAUUUGUUUAUUUAAAUAUGCAACUGGUGAAUCAAUUAAUUAUGUUGAAUGGAAAUGGUUAGAAAAUCAAGAAAUGGCAAUUGGUUUAGGUCGUUGGUUUGGUGAACUUCAUAAACUCACUCGUUCAUUUGUCAAAGAGUAUCCAGAGAUGUCAAAGAAAGCACGUCAUUGGCAAACAUUACAUAGUGGUGUAUUAAAAGGUGUACCAGUUAAUCAAUUAGAUAUUGAGAGUUCAAAGGAUCCAAAUCAAUUUACUAUCAUUCAUGGUGAUGUUAAUCCAAGUAAUUAUCAUUGGGAUGCUUCCAUAGGUAUGCCAUCUAUGUUUGAUUGGGAUCAAUUACAAGAGUCUUGGUUACUAUAUGACUUGAGUGCUCCAAUUUGGGGUGUAGUUUCUUUAGAGAAAUUUGGUAUGGGUGGUCCAGUUCCAUUGGCAAAUCCAAAACAAUACAUUGACUUACUCUUACAAGGUUAUGAACCAACAAUUGGUGAAAAAGUAGAUCGUAAUGCACUUGAUCGUAUGAUUGAAAUUCGUAGACAACUCUAUAUACGUUUUUGUAAAGCUGCUGUCAUUGAAUUGGCUGAUAAACCUGAUAGUCCAAUGUAUUUAUUUUGUAAAAAAAUGACUGAUAAUUUUGAAAAUGAAGAAAGAGAACAAUUAGAAAAAGAAAAAGAAAAUAAAUAA